AUGUCGUUCCGGUCUCUGCUGGAGGCGGCCAUGGGCGAUGCCCAGGACCUUUCGGCGGACGAGGUGGGGCGCAUCGACGCACAGGUGGACAUGCUGGAUGAAGAAUACCAACAAUCUGACGGUCUAGAAGAGAGUGACGACGCGUACGUGCCGCCGUCCAGCGAGGACGAAGGCAACGGUGGAGAACGAGAAGAGGAAGACUCAGACAUUGAGCACCAAUUAUGGGGAAAGUCUCGCAAGCGCAGACGACGGGGGGGCCGACAAGGUCGUCGACGUCGACGUGGCGGACACACGGGCAAACGCAGCGCUAUUACACUAUUGAAAGACUUUAUCAAGAAGGCCCCGACUAUCCCAGACCCGUAUCACACGCUUGGUAUGAUCUACGAAGACCGACAGGACCGGAUUAAGGCUUUGCAGUUCUUUUUGAUUGCAUGCACAUUGACCCCGCAAGACGCGGAGCUCUGGAAACGCGUCGGUCGUAUUGCAAAGGACGAGAAGAACUUUGACCAGGCUUUGUUCUGCUUCAAGAAGGCGAGCAGCGCAGACCCGAAAGAUAAAGAGGCGCUGUUCAGUUAUGCAGAGCUGUGUCGAGAACAGGGCGACAAUCGACGAGCAGCCGAAGUGUUCAAGAAGCUCACAGUACUGAUCCCAAACGACUUGUCGUUGUGGAUUCAGAUUGCUGAGGCCUAUCAUUGCAAUGAGCAAGAAGACGAGGCGGUGGAGGCUCUGAAAAUGUGCAUUGAGAAGGCGGCGACGCUGGAUCCAGCGAGGAAUCAGCACUCUUCGAAGUACGAGCUUAAUGCAGUGAAUAUGCUGGCGGAUUUGUACAUUACGCUGAAGAGAUAUCGCGAAGCUAUUGAUGUGAUCCAUCAUCUCCACUCACGGUAUGCCUCGACUCAAGACCCUGAGCAAGUGGAGGGCGACCCGGGUGGCCUGCCGCUUGAUAUUGCCGUAAAAUACGGUAUCUGUCAUCUUUUCGAGCGAGAUUUCACCACGGCUAUGUCCAUGUUCACGCAUUUAUUCGCCCAGGACGUGGAAGUGUUUGGCGAUCUGUACCUGGACGUGGCGGAUGCGUACAUUGCGCUAGGAGAUCAGGAUCGAGAGGCUGCAGCGAUUCUGCAGCAGUUGUUAGGGCGUGAGGAGUUUCCGGUUGAGCAGAUCUGGAUAAAGUUUGCAGCGUGUCACGACCGACUGGGGAUUUAUGACGUUGCUGUGGAAUAUUACGAGAAGGCGUUGGCUCACCAACGCUCGUCACCGGACUUGACUGUGGAGCCGGAAUUGAUGCUGCAGGCUAUGCAGGCUACACGGAAGAAAAAUAGACCAGUAGAGGGUAUCGUGCUGCUUAAAGAGUACUUGCCAGAGACCAUGUGUCCUCCGAUCCGACCUUACUGGAUCAACACGUCUCGUAAGGGUAAGGAUCGAGACUCGGGCUCGGUACUAGACGAGAAAGAGGCCAAAGGAGAUGCAGACAGUGAUGCUGACGAGCUGGAAGAAGAAGCGGAGGAUGAAGAGGAUGCCGAAGAGCAAACUCGUAUGGAAAUGGCCCACGACCCGUCCCUGUCCGUUGAUGCGAUGGAAAAUGGUAUUCGUCUGAAACUCCUGAUUGAGUACGGGCAUCUGAAGAAGCUGUCGGGUGAGGCUGAAGUGCUGUGCCAAGUCGGCAUCCCCAUCAUCUUGACUUCUCUUAGCCAGACGUCAUUCCGAUUGUCUGGUCGCGUGAAGAACCCACUGGUAGAGCCUCAAGACGUUAUUUCAGAAAGUGACGCGCAGUCGAUGGGCUUCCAGGUGUUGAAAUCCGAGUACCUGGUGGAUAUCACUGACGCGAGACAGCGCGAGUCGUUCAUGGGCAUCGUCAUGCGUGUGGCCCAACAAAUAGUAAUCUCGCGUGCGCUUGGCGAACAACAGUACUACAAUUUGGUGAUCGAUGUUGCCCAGACACUGACGGAGUUGGGUAAGUACGUGGCAGCGAUCGAGCUAUUGACGGAUGUGAACACGUCGGAUAAAAUCUCCAAGCCUACUCUGCGCUUCGAGCUUCGGUUCUUAGCGCUGGUGAUUGCCCUGGAGUUUAAGGAGAACCGCAUGGCAUACGAGUGCGCGCGCUUGAAUAUCAUGGAGGACCCGCACAAUCUCGGCUACUGGAACCUGUUCUCGCGCGUGAUCGCUAUCACGGGUGUUUUCUCGUGGCAUCAGAAGUUCUUAGCGAAGCUGCUGCGUGACGAUCCCGAGAGCUACCCUGCUAUUUUGCUUGCUGGCCAUCAGUCGUCGGCCUGGGAUAUUGCGUCGCUGACGGUGGGUGAGCUGACGCUGGCUCACCAGAAACACCCAAAUGAUCCGCUGACGCUCUUCUGCAUCGGCUUGGCGUUCCUCUCGGCCUCGAUGCAACGGACUAUCAACGACCGACAACACACUGUAGCAAAGGCCUUUGCGUUCCUGCAGCAGUACGAGCGAGCCCGUAUCACCGGCCCAAGUGAUAUUAUUUCGGAUAUUCGUCACGUCGAGGCCUGGUACAACAUCGGUCGCGCUCACCAACAACUGGGUUUGUUUCACUUGGCAAUCCCGAUGUACGAGCGAGUGCUGCGGUUCUUUGAGGAGAGCAAAGAGCAAAAGCGCGAGGUGCCACCGGAGUACUUGUUGUGUCGAGAAACUGCCUACAACUUGUCCCUCAUCUACAAACAAAGGUACCCAGUUUUUGCUUGUUUCCAGACAAGUCGCUGA